AAAAAGAGAAAGUUUCUAGCCGCCACCGCGGCUCCGCUCCCCUUUCCUCCCGCUCUGGGAGGCUGGACGGGUUCCUGGUCCUGACAGGACGCGGAGGCCCGGGGCAAGAGAGCGGCGACUCUUUCCUCGCUCGCCUCUCCCCAUCUACUCCUGGGGGGUGGGAUGCCGCAGCGGGGACCCCCUCUUGUUGAUAAAGGGAGGGCGCGCUGACUGCUCGAGUCCUUCCCCUGCCCUCUCUGGAAAACCCUUUCGAAAAGGCAGCCCCCAGACUUUCCUUUCUCGCCUCUCUCCCCCUUUCCCUUUGUCCCAUUGAUCUGAUGGGAAAGAGGGAGGGCGGUGCAGUCUUCCCCGUUUUUUUUUUCGUGAAGCCCUUGAAUGACACUGUUCUAUUUUUCCCUCCCUCUGGUGCCUCUGUGCGUGUGUGCGUGCGUGUGUCUACACGCAUAUUUCCUUCCCUUCCCCUCUUUUUUUUUACAAGCCAAUUCCAACAGCUUCCCAGGGCUGUGGGGCUUUCUCCCACCAUCCCGGCUCAGCUGCUGGGAUGUUAGUCUAUGGAUCUCAAAUUCGAAAAGGUGUCCAAAAAUAAAGAUGGAAAAGAGCAAAGUGAAGCAGUGUCCUUGUCAGAGGAUGAAGAAAAUUUCUCUUGGCCUGGACCCAAAAUGGUAGUUUUACGAAGAACAUCACAAGGCUUUGGCUUUACCUUAAGACAUUUUAUUGUUUACCCCCCAGAAUCUGCUAUUCAGUUUUCUUUAAAAGAUGAAGAGAAUGGAAAUAGAAGUGCGAAACCAAGCGUGGCAGUGCAGGAGAAGCAUGAGGUCCCAGCCUAA